AUGUUGCUCACUCUACCCUCUUCCUCGAGAAACAGUAGGUCGAAAGCUACCCAACCGCCACCAUCUAAAGAUGAAUUGUUGGAUGACCUGGAGAUAGAGUCGGAUGACGACUUAGUGAUUGAUGAAGAAAUAGAGGCACGAAUGGUCCAGCUAUGGAAGAAUACCCUAGUGGGGUAUGUUCUUGAAGGUAAACCUUUCAGGGAGCAAGCUAUCUUUGAAGCUUUACAGUAUAAAAAGGAAGGUGGAAAUAGGAAGAAUUCAAGGGACUCUCGACAGUUUCAGAACAUAUUGAAUCAGUGUAACUUACUUGAUCUUGGAUCAAAGGGCCCGCUAUUUACUUGGAGCAAUAGAAGGAAAGGCACAGCGAAUAUCAUAAUCAAGUUGGAUAGAUCCAUAGCAAACCCAAUGUGGAGAACAAAUUACUCAAAUGUCGUUGUCUUCGUCAAGCCUGUUAUUCAAUCGGAUCAUAAUCCUAUUCUUAUUGAUACUAAGGGAGGUGUUUCAAAGGGUACACGACCAUUUCGGUUUGAGAAGGUGCGGAUUCGACAUCCGAAUUGUGAGGAGUUGGAGGAGGAGCUGCCAAGAGAGGAAGUAAUGUGGCACCAAAAAUACAAAUUAGAGUGGAUUCAAAGUGGGGAUCGUAAUUCGACCUUCUUUUAUGCUACCACAGUCCAAAGACGGCAACAUAAUCACAUCCUCAAGCUUAAAAUUGGAUCAGGAAGAUGGAAUGAAUUUAAAGAGGAGAUUUUUGAGGAGCUUCUAAAGCAUUUCAGGGAGGCCUCCACAUCCCAAGCUGUUAUUAUAACAAAGGUUCAGCAGGCUCUUAACUCGGUCCAUCCCAUUGUCUCAAAUGACCUAAAUGACCUUCUCUAUCGAGCUCCAUCAAUGGAAGAAAUGCAUCAAGCUGUCUCAGCUAUGGGUCCUCUAAAAGCCCCAAGACCCGAUGUGUUCCCUCCCUCGUUUUACCAACAUUUCUGGGACUUCACCAAGGAGGAUUUGUUUCAAUUUGUUCUUAACUUUUUCUCUACAGGUCACCUGGCUGAAGAGAUGAACAAGACAUAUAUUUGCCUCAUUCCUAAAACUUAG